GACACGAAACACAUUUCCAAAUUGAGUAGACUUGCCCACACAGGAUCCAAACCCCUAAAACCCUCUGAAAUUUCAGGGUUUAUCACACAGUCUCGUUCCUCAAACCUUGGAACCAAGAAAACCAAACCCUCCCAUUUCUCACCAUGACGACCACGAUCCUCAGAAGAUCCUCUUCCAUCUUCUCACGCCGCUUCUUCGCCGCCUUCACCUCCGUCGAGGCGCUCCACCUCCACCACCGCCGCAGCCUCAUCGCCGCCGUCACUCGCAUUAACGGGCUCUCCGACCUAGGAGCCAGAGCAUUUCACGCGAAACCCGGACUGUUGAACUUCCACUCCUCGCUGGUUUCUCCUUCUGCGCAGCCUGCCUUGGAUCACGAUUACGCGCACGAGAACGAUGGCUUCACUGCGAACAGCAGCGAUGAAGGACUGGAGAUUGCGAAGCUCGGGAUCUCGCAGGAGAUCGUUGAUGCUCUCGCGAAGAAAGGGAUCGCCAAACUCUUUCCCAUUCAGAGAGCUGUGCUGGAACCUGCGAUGAAAGGGCAGGAUAUGGUCGGUCGAGCUAGAACAGGAACUGGGAAGACUCUUGCUUUUGGGAUACCCAUCUUGGAUAAGAUUAUUCAAUCUAAUGCUAAGCAUGGGCAAGGAAGGGACCCUUUGGCUUUGGUUUUGGCACCAACCAGAGAACUUGCGCGACAGGUUGAAAAUGAGUUCAAGGAUGCCGCACCUAACUUGAGCACAAUCUGUCUUUAUGGGGGUACGCCCAUCAGCAAUCAAAUGAGGGAGCUUGAUUAUGGUGUAGAUAUUGCAGUUGGCACGCCUGGUCGAAUUAUUGAUCUUCUUAACCGAGGUUCAUUGAAUUUGAAUGCUGUUCAGUUUGUUGUUCUCGAUGAAGCUGAUCAGAUGCUUCAAGUAGGAUUUCAAGAAGACGUGGAGAAGAUCUUGUCGAGGUUGCCUCCACAACGUCAGACUCUCAUGUUCUCAGCGACAAUGCCACCUGAGAUAAAGAAUAUCAUCCGCAAUUACCUAAACAGCCCCCUAACCAUUGAUCUUGUUGGAGAUUCUAAUCAGAAAUUGGCAGAUGGAAUUUCGCUGUACUCUAUUGCAUCCAGUGCAUAUACUAAAGCGGGAAUUCUUGCGCCCCUGAUAACAGAACAUGCAAAUGGAGGAAAGUGUAUUGUUUUCACUCAAACCAAACGUGAUGCUGAUCGAUUAUCAUAUAUGAUGUCAAAAAGCCUUAAAUGCGAGGCCUUGCAUGGAGAUAUUUCGCAAGCACAGAGGGAAAGAACUCUUGCUGGCUUCAGAAACAACUACUUUAAUGUUCUAGUGGCAACUGAUGUUGCUUCACGUGGGCUUGAUAUUCCAAAUGUUGAUCUUGUAAUACAUUAUGAUCCUCCGAAUAAUUCUGAGAUAUUUGUUCAUCGAUCUGGACGAACUGGGCGGGCUGGUAAGAAAGGAGCUGCUAUUCUUGUUUAUACAGAAGUUCAGUCCAGGGCUAUAAGUACUAUUGAGCGUGAUGUUGGAUGUAAAUUUACCGAGCUACCAAAGAUUGAUGUUCCAAGUGGAUCUGUAGACAUGUUAAGUGGCAUGGGUGGUGGUCGAUUCGGCCCUUCAGGAGGUAUGAGGUCUGGUGGUCCAGGUUAUGGUGGUGGUUCUGGAUUUAGCCGUUCUGGAAGUUAUAGUAACCCUGGAUUUAGCCGACCUGGCUAUGGAAAUUCAGGUGGGACGGGAAGAUCUGGUGGUAGUGGUACAGGCUUUGGUGGCAGUUCUGGAUUUGACCGCUCUGGGAGUUCUAGUAACCCUGGAUUUAACCGAACUGGUUAUGGGAAUUCAGGUAACACGGGAAGAUUUGGGGGAUUUUCUGAUAACUCUUCUGCUAAACCAACAUUUGGUGGACCUAGCUCUGGUAGUUAUGGUUCAAGCCAAAAUCGCUACAGUGGUUUUGGUACUUUUGAUGACUGACUCAAACAAUGACAGUUACGAUAGUGGAAGGCCAUUUUAACUUCUGGCAAAUGUACAAUGUUGGCUUCUUCCAUUGUUUAGUUUACUGUCUUCGUCUAUAAUUUCCGGCAUUUUGUGUCGUACCUGUAUCACUUGAUGUCGAGAAAGUUUUAGCAUAAGAUUAUAGGAGAUUCUAUUUUGUGGGGCAUUAGAUUUUUCAGCUCAACUGGAACUCUAGUGUUACUCAUUCCGUCCAUGUAAAAAGUAUCCUCUGCGUGUUCAACCUCUGCCAUGAAUUUUUUUGGCUCUUUUAAUGCCUUCAUUCUCUUUUAAGCAGCUUAGUAGACUGUGAUUCUGAACUUGUGUAUGUCUUGGCAAUUUUAAAGAGCCAGCUUUAUAAAGCAGUGGUGUUCUAAUUUAUUUAUUAGCCGUUCCUGGA